AUGAAGGGUCCAUACCUCCGUGCACUCGUUGCUGCUGCUGUGCUGUCUGCCUUCUAUGAUCGAGCUCACGGCGGCACUAUGAAAUAUGUGGCUCCUGGUGCCCCUACUUUUGAGUAUGAGCCAGAAGAUCGGAUGAUACUGAGCGAUCUAUUGCAAGUGGUGCGGAAAUUUUUCAAGUGUGCUGCAAGUGCGGAGCGCUACGCAAACCUGAUUAUGUAUUGGUGGAGCCGAUACCAGGCUCGGGGUGCCCCGUUACAGUAG